GUUGCGGGGCUGGGCGGGAGGCGCCAGUUGCCAUGGUGACGGCGCUGGCGUCAGGCGGGACUGAGAUUAACUCUCAGUCACAAGUUCCUUGGAACAUCGAUUAUUAAAAUCACAAUUUUUAUUUCUCCGGAUGGAUUUGAAGGGUUCGUUGCCACAGUCAUCUCUCCCGGGCACCAGCACCAAAACAGUCAGGAAUAAGCAUAUUUCCACAAAAACAGACACCACAGUCCUCGUUGCUGUAGCUUUGCAAGAUCACAUUAUAAGGAAUCUGAAGCUUCAAAACCUUUCAUUGUCUAAUACCUUCAACAAGAAACCACUGGCUAAACGGUAUGGUCACAGACCCAUGGACAAAAGGUUAGCAAGCUCUGUAGUGGAUACCGGGCUGAAAAAGAUAAAGCCAAAAAGACAGACUGAGGAAGAUGAGGGAGAAGAGUAUGUUCUGGAUCCGAAACCCCCACAGCUUUCAUUAGCACAAAAAUUAGGUCUAAUCGACGGGCCUGAAGCACCUUUGACAGCUAGUGAGUGGCAGCGGGUAAAGAAGAGAUCAGUACAGCAGGGUGAUUCAUCUCAGCCUUGUGUCAUAUGUAAAGAGGAGUUUGGGAUUCAGCAACAGGUGUUGCUGUCUUGCUCUCAUGUUUUCCACAGGGUUUGCCUGCAAGCCUUUGAGAGAUUCUCUGGGAGAAAGAGUUGUCCGAUGUGUAGAAAGCAGCAGUAUGAGACCAGGGUAAUUCAUGAUGGCGCUCACCUCUACAGGAACAAAUGUGCUACAAGAAUUCAGGCUUGUUGGCGUGGCUAUAUUGUUCGUAAAUGGUACAGACAGCUGAGGCGUUCUAUACCUCCAAAGAAUAAGAAAUUACGAAGGAGAUUCUUUGAAGAUAAGUUAGAAGAAAUUAAUGACAGACUGCUGAGGUCCUGCCACACAAACAUCGAUGAAUUCCUCUCAGAGCUUGACCAUUCGGUGGCUACGAGCCGGAGGGUGAUCCAGCAGUUUGAGGAGAAAUGCCUCAGGAAUAUCUCCGAGAACGAGUGGGAGAAAAUACAACUGAAGCAGCAACCCCAGAUGAACAAGGAAAAGGCGAUCCAGAGGGAAGGAUCUGAUUGUCCAAUUUGUAUCACUCCAUUAUAUUGCUUCAGUAAUACAACAUUCCCCACUGCUCCUGGUACCACUGAGAGAAGAGAGGAACAUGGUCUAUCUGUCCGUCGCACUGUCCUGCUCUCCUGCUCACAUGCCUUCCAUUACUCCUGUCUGCAAGCCUUCGAGGACUUUACAGAGGGACAGAAGCACGUCUGCCCAUUAUGUAGGUCCACUUACCAAAAGAGAAUUAUAUGAAACAUAAAUAAUCUUUCGGUCACAUCCUGUUCGUUCAGAAUGGGAGUUUCUCAGAGGGAGAAUUUUUAAUUAUUUCACUUUCAUGACAUGAAAUAUACAAAUGUUUGUUCCAGUUUCCUGAUUUUUUUAAAAAAAACAGUAAAACAGAAGUUUCCUUCGGCAGCUGUACCAUUUUACCUUUCUGUGUUUCAACUGAAUCAAGCUGGCUCUCAAAAUGGUCCUGUCAUCUUGUCAGCGCCCGCACACACGUCAUUAAUAAGUCUUAUUUGAUAAAAAUCAACUUUUGUUUUGCAUCCUAAUAGUUGGGCAUCAAUUACAGAGCCUUACAAUCAUCUUCUGAAAAUGUAAAUUGUAUUUGGAAUUUUGCCUUUAAAUUAUCCAAAGAACUUUUAUCCGUCAGGAAAGCUGUUAUUCAGGAAUUGUGACAUUCUCAAAGAAUUCUCAAACAAGUUCCUGGUUUAUUGCUUCAGAUCUAAGCUGUUCACUUCUCACGACAUCUGCUUUUCUUCAGUCAAUGUGGAACUUACUUCUUCACAGUUUAUCAAUAAAAUACAAUUUCCUUGAA